AGUACUUCUCUCAUAUUCUUCCAAUGGUUAGGGAGUGUGUUAGGCACAGUUAAAAAAUCUCUAUUAAGGACAACUACGUGGACAAAAGAGCAAACUAUCUAAUUGAGCAUUUAGCAUUUAACCAUUGCUGUUUUCAGAAAAAUUAAAUCACGACUGGAUGAAUAUGGACUUGAAGAAGUGAACUGCUUUAUUGUUACUCAAAUAAUCCCUGGAAGAAGAUCUGGAGUGUGUGGACCAAGAGCUUGAAGAAUGCAGGCUGUGUCUGGUUUUAGGUGCAAGGAGCAGGGCGAGGGCUCUUUGCAGCAACUCAUGCCAAGAAUUGUACGAGUAACAGGAGGAUCAGGCUCCGGUGCUGGGGUUCUCCAAGGGCCUCAGAGAUCUUCUAAACCCUCUCGUGAGCUUAGUGUGGAAGAGCAACAGGAGCUACGGAGAAAGAUCAACAGUCGUGAGAGAAAGAGAAUGCAGGACCUUAACGUGGCCAUGGAUGCUUUACGGGAGGUCAUGGUGCCCUACUCUUCUUCCACUGGUGUAGGUGGAGCACUGCAGUACCCUUACCUCCCUCCUGGAGCCCCUCCAACCGGGCGCCGCUUGUCUAAGAUCUCUACGCUGGUGCUGGCCCGUAACUACAUCCUACUCCUAGGCUCCUCCUUGCAGGAGAUGAGGCGUCUGUUGGGCGAGGUCAGCAUCGGGAUGGGAGCCAGCGGGACUGUACCACGUCUGCUGCUGACAGGAGGGUGGCCAUUUCUUACCGGGCCAGGACAGCUUCUACUUUCCCCUCCUGAGCAGCAAAUGGGUGCAGCAAAGUGCCCUCUUCUGCCUCAGGGUACUCAGGAGGAGCCCUUGGCAUGGGGGUCAGGCAGCAUGUCGGCGAGCCCGGUGUGCCAGUGUGGGGUGUGCCGGACCCCACGGGUGGUGCAUGUUAAUCUCACCACACGCUUGCCAAAAUGAUUCCAACAUGACUUAGAGAACAUGCAGUUAUUAAUGUCUGUGAAGGGUGGGAUGUAUGGUUAAUUUUUUGGUAACACUUUACAAAAAGGUUAAUUUUGUUAACCUUUAGGAAUAGUUCACCCAAAAACUAAAGUUAUUUCAUAAUUUCCUCACCAUCUUGACAUUUACAGAACUGUUUGACUUUCAUCUGUGGAAGACCAAUAAAGAAAUCAACUGUUUUAUGUUCCACAGAAGAAAGAAAGUCACAUGGUUUUGAAAUGCCAUGAUGGUUGAUAAAUGAUGACAGAGUUUUUUGGUAAGCUGUCCCUCAAACAAACACUGAGCAAAACUUUUACAGCAUUUAAUACAUUUUAGUUCAUGUCAAUUUUCACAUAUACUAAUACAUUGUUAACAUUUCAACGUGAAUUUGCAAAUUUGCAUUUGGCUAACUAAACCUUUUUAAGUGUUACCACUUUUCACUUGCAAAAAUGCUCCUAUGUAUGUUUCCCAUACAGCUACUCUCUUCUAUGUGUUUGCUAAGAAUUAAACUCGCAAUACUGAAAGAGUGUGUGUUUGUGCAUCAGUUGUUUGAAACUGCAAAAGUUCAUCUCUCAGCGCAUUUCCUUUUUUUACAUCUUGUUCUCUGUAGUAGGCAUGUGCAUGUGUGUGUGUGUGUGUGUGUGUGCUUAGCUGCAUCCAAAUGGAUAGAAAUAAUUAAUUGUGCACCCCUUUUGCUGCACAAGGACGGAGGCUUUCUUUCACCACAGCCUUCCCUGAACCCACCCCAUUCAACUCCCCAAACAAACCCCACAUCAAAUCCGCUAGCCCCAUAAUAAUUAGCCCACACUCUUUCUCCAGCUUCACCAUCUUUAAUCCACUCGCUCGUUCUCUGCUUGUCGAGGUAAAUGCGUUUACACGGGCCAGUGUGGCACCAUUCUUUGCUCUCUGUGAACUGCAAAUUCAAACGCACAGAAAAUGUGUUUCCACCAAAAGAGUUCACUUACAAACAACACCCUCUCCAACAUCCAAACUCUGACAUCCACCCCUCCGAAUGCUUGGCGGGUUGAAAAAAAAAGAAGCAAUUCUUUCAAUCUCAGGGCACAGUCAAAGCCUUGAAAGGAGGUAAAAGCAAUUCCAUCUUGUGGAUAGGGGUGCGUGAAUGAGGAUGCAGAUUAUAAUCAUAAGAAUAAUGAUAAAAUACGAGGAAUAAUCGCCCCCACUGCAAAAGGGGAUUAGUCCGGCCAGGCGCAUGAAAGAGGGCGAGAGGCUGAAUGGAAGGAGUCUGUUGCCCAUCGCCCGGGACAAAAGGAGAGGUAGAUGCUAUUAAGUGAGAUUAGGGUUAAUAGGUCUUGAUUUUCUUACAAGGAGGUAAAAAAAAUUAAAAAGAAGUACAGAGGGGGGAGAGGUGGGACAGAGAAGUAGGAAAGAUCAAAGUAAGACGCAAAGACUUAAAACCCUUCUCUUUGCGAGGACGCACACACACACACACACUUUAACUUGGCACCUCUUAAAUUUACAUAUAGCUGCCUUAUGUCCGCUGACAACUUGAAGAGAUUACUUCACUAAUUUUAUCUCACUUCAGUGCUUUUCUUAAAGCCAUCUUCUCCUGUCCUUCUCUCCUAAGGUGAUAACUUUCUCUCUGAUGAUGGUGGGCGUAUUGUGAGAAGGAUGCAGGGGUCUGCUCUCUCUUUGUGUUCAUUCUUCAGCUCAUCAGUGGAGCUAAAUCCAGCCAAAACAAAAUGAGACAAAAGAAGAGAAAGUAGAACGGGGUGUCCUAUUGUUCUCCACUAAAUACCAAUGUGUGGUAUACUUCACUGAUAUAUGGCCUGAACAACCACUGUGUGAGUAUGUGUGUGUGUGUUGGAGGGAGAAAAACUGACCUCUGUAUGAGAGGAAAAUGUUGGUCAAAUGAAUCAAUUAUGUAAGGAAUGUGUGUGCAUACUUGUGAGGACCAAGUAAUAAAA